UAUACGUAUCGAAACUGAAAUGCUCAGAUAGAGCAUAUAUGUAGAAAAUUCUGAAAACAUGAAUUUUAAGUCUAAUAGCUAACAUAGUAUAGGAACCAUGCAUCGCAAUUACGAUGAAGAUUCAGGUCGUAGUUCCUGUUCCGCUGCCUCCAUUGGUCUCAGUCCUAUUAUGGACUACCACAACAUAAAAUCUGAUGAAGCAUUAGACAAGGUCAAAAGACGACAUCACUCCAAGGAGGUUACUAACGCAAAUAUAGAUUUAAAAGUAAGUACUCGUCCGAGGAGCUGUGUUGCUCUCCUAAAAUCACCUGAUGAAAAGGAUCCAUUUCCAAGUUGUAGACUCAAUAGAAACAGAAAUGUCAUGUUUAACUAUGGCGACACUAUUAGAAGAGGAGGACUAAGCAAUGCUCAUUCUACAUUAGAAAUAGCUUGUAGUACACAGAUUGAGGAGCCUCAGAUAACAAACAAUGCUGUAUCAAUGGUGGCGAUAAGCGCUGGAGAAAAACUAGGAAGGGCAAACCCAAAUACAAACCUUAAUUUCAGUUCAAAUUGCAGAAGAGGAAAACCAGUUCAGAGAGCUGCUUCAAGACUCUAUAAAGCUGAUUGUGGAUUUAAAGGCAAGGAAUCUUAUAUUGGACCUGAGUUCAUUGUAAGAGCAUCUCAGCCUGUGAAACACAUGGAUCUAACUCUGUCUGCACUAACUGAAAAGAGAAUGAUCACAGUUGUCUUACUAAAUGGACAAAGAGUAGAAGUUAUAUGCGAUCCAAAUGUAAUAACAGCAGGACAGCUUUUUGAAGGUCUAGUUCACAGUGAAAAAUAUGAACACAACUUUAUGUUAGGUGUUGCAGUUUUAGUUGGAGGUGAUUUUAUAUUUUUGCCAGAUGAUUACAAAAUCAAAAAGAUUGCUCCAGAAAAUUGGCAUAAAAAUAGUAAUAAAAAAAAUAAAUCAACAGAUGAUAAUAAUUCUGUGACAGUUUUCUUAAGAAUUAAAUUCUUUUUACCUAAAAAUAUUGCCAAUAAUAUACAAAGCGGAGAAUGGGUGUAUAGAGUUUAUUUACAAUUAAGAAGAGCAACAGUAGAAGGCCAAAUGACAUCAACAAUCCAGAAUCUAAUUUUACUAGCAGGAUAUGCAUUGCACAUUGAAUUUGGAGAAUUUUCAUAUCGUGAACAUGGUACUGCUGAUUAUUUUUUGUUAGAGCAUUAUUUACCAGAGAGUAUAAUUACAAAUGACAUGGCAGACGUCAAGUUGCGAAUGAAACGAGCUCAUGAAUCGAGACAUGGCCUAGACAGGAAUAAAGCAAUAUCAAAUUAUAUAACAUUAGCACAAACAUUCCGUGAUUAUGGUGCUCAUUUUUACUCUGCCAUUUGGGCCACAAGAGAUGGUUUCUGUAGAGAUGUUUGGCUUUCUAUUGGUCCAAGGGGUGUCACACUCUAUUCUAGAAAUAACCAGAGUACUGGAUCGCCAGGAAGCAGCAUUGAUCGUAUUGUCUUGCAAAGCUUACCAUGGCAUCAUAUACAUACUUUUUAUUACAAUAAAAAGAAUUUGUAUAUAAUACCCAAUUCAUAUUCAGGAUUAUCAAAAAUUGGUGUAAAAUAUAAGUUAAAAAUGACAGACAAUAAAAGUUACUUUUCUUUUUGGCUAGCCUCCUUACACCACCGAUUGUAUCUGAAACUAUAUGCAAAGGAUGACUUUAUUACUUACUUAUCAGGUGAGAAUUAUCAUUUAAGUAAAGAUGAAAGUCCAAAAACAACAGAAUGUAGUAACUAUCAAGAUAGCUAUAAUUUAGCUGUUAGAAAUCCCAUUAGAGCCAGAAGACCGGUAAGAAGAAGAUUUAAAAUGGAUAUAUUUGGUGAAAAAAGAGCCCAUAAUAAAGAAAACGAAAAGCCAAACACAGAAGAAUUGUUAAGACAAAUACUUUCACAGCAGAAUGAAAAUAGCAUGCUUAACUCUUCAAAUCAACAUAUACCAGGCAAUUCUUCUAAUGAUGGAUUGUCAUCAUCAGAAAGCUGUAGUUUACCUAGAAGACAAGGUGUAAAAAUGGGUACAAGGGUUUUUAAUGGCAUGAAAUCUGGUGCAACUAAUAGGUACUCUAGAUCACCAAUAAAUAAAUCUGAUUAUUGCACUCGGUCUGAUUGUGAACUAGCUACAACUCAAAGUGAUUCAGAUGAUUUAAAUUCAGAGCAGAGGCAACAUUGCAAUGUUGAUAGUAUGAAAUUAUUACCAGAGCGACAUUAUAGUCAAGGUGCUACAAAUUUACCAACUGCCUAUGUUUUAGAAUCUCCAAAAGUAUACUCAGAAGCUUUUAAUUAUAAUGGUGCUAUUAAUGAAUCUUGUUUGAAUACAUCUUUAUUUGAAAAGUUGGAUAAUAUGGGUUGUGUACAAGGAGAAAGAGUAUUUGUCACAGCAAUAUUAGAAAGGGAUGAAAUGAAUGCCUUAGGUUUACAAGUAGCUGAAGGUUCAGAUGGUAAUGUUUAUAUAAAAUCUAUAACACCAGAAAGUGCUGCAGAUUUCUGCAAGAAACUUUUACCUGGUGAUCAAAUUAUAUCAGUGAAUGGAAAGACUUUACUUAAUGUUAAAUAUGAACAAGCUUUAAAAAUGUUGCAGUCAGCUCCACAUAAGGUGGAACUUAUAGUUUUACAAAAUGCAAACAAGAAUAUUAAUGUUGAACAUCAAUUGCAUAUGGCAAAUAACUUUGAGGUAUCAAAUCAACCAAAAUUGUCAAAUCAUAAGAAUAUAAGUCAAAGUAUUGCAAGUGCAAUAGAUGUAGAGAUUACUGAUGACGAAUUACUAAAUGAGGAAGCUCUAAAGACUGUGUACGCUCUUAUUAAAUUGACGAAGGAAAAAGUUAUCAAAAGAAUGAAAGACAAUAGCAAACAAAACACUCCAAAUAGAAGCAAUAUGCAAAAAUGUUAUUCAGAAAAUAGAGUAUACGAGGAAUCAGACAUGGGAGGCUCUUCUCGAGAAGCCACGCCUCUUAAGCAAAACCAGCAAAAGUUUAACACUUGGCGUGGUCAUUUUCCUAAUGCGCGACAUAAACGACGACCUCUAAGUUUGAGUAUUCCAGCCGAUGUAGAUUUAACGGAACAUUAUUUCAAUGGUGAUACAGAGGAAGCAAUAUUGAAGGGGUCAUCUAUUAAGUCAAUUCAAUCAUCAUUGAAUAGUCUUGACUGUAAAUCAGUGAAGAGUAGUUCGGCUAAAUCUGUUCCGUUACCUAGAAAUUUUGGUCUUGGCAGGAAAUGGUUGGGACCUGUCAAGUACCCUGUGACCCCUUGUAAAAAUACAACUACACCUAUUGAAUCUAGUGCAAUUACUAAUGAUGCUGUGGUGAGAAGACAUUUUGUUUAUGGUGACUCAGAUGAAGAUCAAAUAUUUUUAUAAGAAAUAAUAGUAACAUAAGUGAUAAUUAUUUUCUAUGUAUAUUAUAGUAUAUAAAUUGUUAAAGAGAUCUAAAUAAAUA